ACCAAACAGAACGCAAACGAAACGAUCAAGGAAACUUCUCCCAGCCUUCCUCUGAAAGUGGUAGCGAAAUGCCCCAAUUCCCAAAUCAAAAAUCAAAUUAUCCAUUUUCCACCAACAUCCAUUCAAUUUAUGGUAUCUGCUGGAACCCAUUAAACUUAAACUUCUAAUUCCCAAUUUUCAUCUUCCUCCUCUGUUUCUUCGAUCAUGGAAUUUCAUCACAGUGAGCUAUCGCCUCCCGCACAUUGCAUUUAUGCUGGUUGUAAUGAAUCCCUUCACGAAGAUGAAUAUCCUCCUCCUCCUCCUCCUCCUUUUCCUUUCCCUCCUAAAGAAGCUCCACCACCUGUUGAUGAAGGCUCAUCACAUGUCUCUCCUCUUCCUAGUGCUCUUCCUGGAAAAGGCAACCAUCUUUCACCUGUUGUGGUCGUCAUGUUGUGUUUUCUUGGUGCUGCUUUUCUCCUUGUUAGCUACUACACUUUUGCGAAGAGAUACAACUCAAACCCGAGCAAUUCUCGGAGGAGAAACCGGCCAAGGACUGAUGAUGAUCAAGAGGAUUUUGUCAAUGAGAAUCAUGGUCCUGUUCUUGACCACCACAUAUGGUAUAUCCAAACAGUUGGUCUACAACAAUCCGUUAUUGAUUCUAUUGCGGUGUUAAAGUACAAAAGGGGUGAAGGUUUGAUUGAGGGAACCGACUGUGCUGUUUGCUUGAGCGAAUUCCAGGAAGAUGAGAGUCUCAGGCUUUUGCCCAAGUGUAGCCAUUCCUUUCACAUUCCUUGUAUUGAUACAUGGUUAAGGUCGCACAAGAAUUGCCCGGUUUGUCGUGCUCCAAUAGUCUCCGAUGCCAAUACUGCUCCUGUCAAUGCGUCGGAGACAAGUGUCAACCGUCCCGGGUUGGGGGCAGAGACCCUGGUGGAGAAUUUAGAUAGUUAUGACGGGUUGGGAAGCGAUCGGGUGGUGGGAGGAGAUGGGAGCGGUGAAAUGGGACAUGGAACUGAUCGCUUUGAUGGAUUGACCAGUGAAGAAGGAACUAAUGCCGAUUUUGUGGCAAAAAAUCCACAUUGUUUCAGCAUAAAGAAUUGUGAGUUUCGGGUACUAAGCGACUUGGCUGACCAUCGCGUGGAAGUGGAACAAGAAUUGCAAGCUGUGAGAAGAUCAGUUUCAAUGGAUGCCUCCUCUGCUUCAAGGAUUCAUCUUGCUGUGGCUAACAUUCCGCGGGUGGAAACUGAAGUGGGCUCGAGUAAUCAAUUAGUACAAAUGAAGAGAUUGGAGUUGGGGAAGGAUGAUAAAAGGGUGAAUAGAAGCUUAAGCAUAGCUAGACUGAUGAAGAGUCCUUCAGGGGGAUGUUUGCAAAUGGGGCCUAUUGUGAUGAAGAGGUCAUUUUCUUCCAGGGGAAAGUUCUCUUUGCCAAGGAUAUACAGCAGAAGCCAGGACUCUGUUUUACCAUUGUGAACAUCAACCAUACCCCAAUAACUUUGCCAGGUUUUAAUUCGGACUGCUUAAGAGAUAUUAGUAAGGUUUAUGGUGGAAAUUUGGUAGCCAAGCACUGCUGAAUCUCAGGUUAAAAAAUUUGUGAAAGUGAACAGAGAGCGUAGGUUUUCAUUCAGACUGUUCAAGGCCAAAUGAGGAUGAUUAUCAAAGAGCUUAUUGGUGUAAUAUGGCUCUCAAACUUGCAAUACCUAUUUCUCGAUAACACAAUCAACAUGCAGAAGUGAGCGAGUGCAGACCUUCCUCGUUGCUUCCCACGCAGGGAACUGGCAAUUUGGAUUUCCUUAUAAGAUGUUAAAGUUAGGAUGUCAUUGAAGGUUUCUUUGGAUGUAUUUCCAUCACAUAAAUUUACUGGAUGCAUUGUAUUUUCUCAUUCAGUUGAUAAUAUUUUCCACAAAAAUAGAUUAAUGUGGGUUGCUA